UUCCUUGAUUUCUCAUUCUAGGCAAUACCGUACCAUUCCAUCAUGAUUGUUUUGCCACCUGGCCUAACAGAAGAUGAGGAGGCUCUACAGAAGAAAUUUGCCAAACUCAAGAAAAAGAAAAAGGCUCUCAUGGCCUUAAAAAAGCAACAGGGUUCAACCAGUCAGGCAAUCCAGGGAGGAAUUAAGCGUUCCAUCUCAGAUCAGCCAGUAGUAGACACUGCAACAGCUACAGAACAAGCCAAGAUGCUGGUGAAAACGGGGGCCAUCAGUGCUAUUAAAGCCGAGAACAAGAACUCGGGGUUCAAGCGCUCUCGGACUCGGAAGGGGAAGCCAAAAGAGACCAAGAAAGGAUCUGCCCCAACUUACCAGCCUUUUCAGCGCAGCGUCUCAGCAGAUGAUGAUUCCCGAGAGGCCCGGCGCCCCCAAAGGAAGUAUCUGUAUGAGAGCUUUGUGAGUCCCAGUGAUUGUCUGCGAGAUCCCGAGAAGGAGACAGAAGAAGGCAGGGAUCCAGACAAAGAACCAGACCAGAGUGAAAGUCUGCAUGGUCACGAGAGGGACUGUGACCGGGAUCGGAGCCGGGACAGGAGUAGGGACCGGGACAGAGAUCGAGACAGAGACCGGGACCGAGACAGAGACCGGGACCGAGAUCGGGAUCGAGGGCGUGAGCGGGACAGAGAAGGCUUCCGCCGAUCAGAUAGUUUCCCCGACUGGCGUGUCCCCCGCAAAGGGAAUACGGUGUAUGUGUAUGGGGCAAAUAUGAAUGAGGCCAUGUUGAGUACGGCUUUCUCGGCCUUUGGGAACAUCAUUGACCUCUCGGUAGACAACUUCCGCAACUGUGCUUUCGUCACCUAUGACAAGAUCGAAUCAGCAGACCGAGCGACUGCUCAGCUCAACGGUACCGUCGUGGAAGAUGUGAAGCUGACGGUCAGCAUCGCUCGCAAGCAGCCCAUGUUGGAUGUGGCUGUCGGCAACUCCGUCUGGGGAACUUUGGCCGUGAUAAACACCAUAAAUGGUUCUCAUCGAGACAAGCGAUCCCAGGUUAUUUACAAAGAGGAUAACUUUUGAAGUGUAGGAACACCGAUCCCCAUCUUCUCUUUGCCUUGUUCACUUAAAAGAUUCAAAUAAACAUUGGCUUUUAAAAA